UCGGAGUCAAAGUGUGCGGCUCCAAACGAAUUUUGCGCUAAAUCAUCUCAAAGAGGUUAGCGUUGAGGCAGCUGUGAACAGGAUCACAAGCGGCAAGCAUAAGGAAUAUUUCGAGUGUGAAGCGAUUUCUAUUGUGUGCGUUGCAAAGUGUGAAAAUCGGUUGAGAUAUAUACAAGUGCAGUUGGGGUGCUUAAUAUAACGAUUCUUCAAGAGCAGUAGUCCUCGAAUAUUUGUGUGAGGAUUUUGUAAAUUCCCCUAAAAAUGAGAGUGUUUCUCCUCAUAACGCUAUUAGCUGUAGCGCAAAGCGCACGGUUGGACAACAAAUACCUACCUCCGCCGGCUAGUGCAGCUAGCGCGGGUGGCGGUCCGGGUCUACAAGGUCCAGGCGGCAGUAAUUUCGGACUUGGCGGUUUUUCAGGCGCCGGCGGUCCCAGUCGCCCCAUAGGCGGUGGUGGUGCUCCCGGUGGAUUUGGUGGCGGUAGUGCGCCCGGUGGUGGUUUUGGUGGUGGCGGGCGGCCUGGUCCGUCGGGGCCUGCACAACCUUCUGGCCCACCAAUACCAAUUUUGUCGUACGUAAACGAAAACGAUGGUGAUGGCAAUUAUCGCUUUAGCUACGAAACCGGUAAUGGCAUUAAGGCAGAAGAAGAGGGCACAAUUAAAAAUAAGGGCUCAGAAAAUGAAAUUGCCUCUGUAAUGGGCACGUAUUCGUACACAAAUCCGGAGGGUCAACUUGUCGAAAUUUCAUAUCUUGCUGAUGAGAAUGGCUUCCAACCAUCUGGAGAUGCUUUGCCAACCCCACCACCGAUUCCAGAAGAGAUUGCCAAGGCUUUGGCGGCGCAAGGUAUCUCUGUAGCACCUGGCGGCGGCUACACCGGCGGACCUGGUACUGGAGCUGGUGCAUAUGGCGGCGCAGGUGGUGGAGCAGGAGCGGGUGGUUAUGGCGGUGCCGGACGUGGAGGUGCUGGUGGUGGAUAUGGUGGCGGAUCUGGACCCGGCGGAGCACCAGGUUUCGGUGGCGGCGCUGGUGGACGAGGACCUGGUGGAGCUCCAGGUUUCGGUGGAGGUUCUGGUGCCGGAGGUGGUUCAGGCUUUGGAGGUGGUGCUGGCGGUCGCGGAUCAGGUGGUGCGCCAGGUUAUGGCGGUGGUCCCGGUGCUGGUAGUGCACCAGGUUUUGGUGGUGGUGCUGGUGGUCGUGGACCAGGAGGCGCACCGGGAUACGGUGGCGGUCCAGGAGCGGGUGGUGCACCAGGCUUUGGCGGUAGUCCCGGUGCAGGUGGAGCUCCAGGUUUUGGAGGUGGUGCUGGUGGCGCAGGUGGUCGUGGACCCGGCGGGCCAGGAGCAGGCGGAUUCGGUGGUGGAGCAGGUGGUGGUCGUGGUGCUGGAGGUGCAGGUGGAGCUGGUGGUGGAUAUAACUAUGGCCCCGGCGGAUCAGGUGGUCCUGGAGCUGGAGGAGCUCCUGGUUUUGGUGGUGGAGCUGGUGGUCGUGGUGCUGGAGGUCCUGGUGCUGGUGGCGCUCCCGGUUUUGGUGGCGGCGCUGGUGGUCGUGGGAGCGGAGCUGGUGGUGCUGGCGCUGGAGGCUAUGGUGGUGGUGCUGGUGCUGGUGGUGCACCUGGCUUCGGUGGUGGUGCUGGAAGACCCGGAACCGGGGGUGGUGCGCCUGGCUUCGGAGGUGGUGCUGGUGGUCGUGGAACCGGUGGAGCGGGUGGUCAAGGAGGUUAUGGCGGAGGUGCUGGCGCGCCUGGAUUUGGUGGCGGUGCUGGUGGUCGUGGGCCAAGUGGUCCUGGCGGUGCACCCGGCUUUGGAGGUGGUGCUGGUGGUCGUGGUCCCGGAGGUCCGGGAGCUGGUGGUUAUGGUGGUGGCCCCGGUGCUGGUGGUGCACCUGGCUUUGGUGGUGGUGCUGGAAGACCUGGAACUGGAGGUGGUGCACCUGGCUUCGGCGGUGGUGCUGGAGGUCGUGGAACCGGUGGAGCGGGUGGUCAAGGCGGUUAUGGCGGAGGUGCUGGUGCGCCUGGAUUUGGCGGCGGUGCUGGUGGUCGUGGACAAGGUGGUGCUGGCGGUGCACCCGGCUUUGGAGGCGGUGCUGGCGGUCCCGGUGGACGCGGCGGUGGUGGCCCUGGCGCUGGCGCUGGUGGUUUCGGUGGUGGUCGCGGCGGUGCUGGUGGACCUGGUACACAAUACGUGCCACCAGCUACAGGUGGCGCUCCCGGGGGUGGACCAGGUGCUCCCGGUCGGCAUGGGAGUGGUGAAUUCAAUCCACAAACCGGCUAUAAUUACUAAAAUGUCGGAGUUGUUGUCAAACCUCGAGACGAUCGCCCUCCACAAUACGCUGACGUUAUUCCAAAAUACGCUGCCCAUUAUACACCUAAAUA